CAACGCUCUCCCGCCGCAUGUUUAUUUUGAUUCUCCGCGGGAAGUUCGGUUGCGCAUUCCGGAUUGCGGUGCAGAAAACAAUGGAACUCUGGAACAGAAGGGACCUGGUUCCGCCGGUGGUGAAUACGUUUUCGUGCAAGACGAAACACUGCAAAGAAGAAAUUCGCAUCUUCAUCGGGGCCGUCGCCGACGCGGAGCACUACUUCGAGUCACAGACCUCGUUCGAGCAAGCGGCCGCCUACGUGAGCCGGUUCUGUGUACGAUGGGGCAACCGCUUCUACAAUAUGCACGGUUUCCGGCUGCUGAAGCGGCUAAACCAAAGCCUUCUGCGCUACCGUGCGGUGAACGUUGGACGGGUUCUGGCCAAUCUGCGGAGUUUGCUCCCGGAUGUGAACUACCUGGAGAAAACGGUUCAACUACCGACCCGAGCCAAUCUCGACUAUCUGCUGGUGCGCUUGCAAGGGCUGGCUAAGCUGUUCUGUCGGAUUGUAGCCCUGUCCAAGGAUGCCGCCCGGUUCUACGUCCGGUUUAUGUCCACCGGUUAUUUCUUCAACGUCUGUUCGCUGUUUCUAUGUCUUCUGGCGGAAGUUUGGUACAAAUCGCGAGAAAUGUGUCGGAAAUUAGUCCUCAUCUAUAAUCAACUUCAUCCGUUCCGAACGCUCCUACAGAAUACAGCUGAACAGUGGCCCAGUGGGAUUGAAUGUUUCUACCCGGAAGACUUGGGCACGUGGCUAGGGGAUGAAUUUGUUCAAGAAAUCGCAUCUGUCGAUGAUAGCGCACACAAGGAGUUCCACCUGAACACCAACACCGAUCUCUUCCUAUUGCUUUCAACCGACAAUCCAGAUUUGUCCACGGCCAAGAAAAUCGAUGCCUCCAUCGCCACCAAGCUGGCAAAACCUACGAUCCAAGCCGAUCUAUCAGCCUCCGUACCCAAAACCCUCCUCCUCCGAAAAAUUCAAUCCGACGAAGGAGAACGCAUCGACCGCCCAUCGCCCACAACUUCCAAAAAGACCCCAGAACCUGCCAAGCACCGAUUCGACCCCAAAAGCAUCAAAUCCAAAUUCGACGUGAAAAAGUUCCUCGAGGAGGAAAAAGCUCAGCGGCGGCAGAACCGAUCGGAAGCGCUCACCCGGGACGUGGCCGAUAAUGUGUUCAACGUGUUCGCUUCCGGAAUGGCCAGGGAUGUGAAUCAGAUGGGAACGAGCGAUCUGUUGCGAGUUUUCCGAGAAGAACUGGCGGAGCUCGUCGAUAAGCGCCGUUUAGAGAAGGGGAAUAAAUCAAAGAAGAAUAAACGAUUUAAGUAGGUAUAGUUCAACAUCAUUUGCGUGGUUAACGUUUAUUAUUUAUCAUAAUAGGACGAAUAAACAGCCUUUAAAAGUG